AACGUGAUGGAUACCCAUCCGAUCCAAAUAACAUCUUUUUAACGCAAGGUGCUUCAACGGGUGUACAAAAUGUGUUACAACUUAUUAUCGCACAUUCCAAUGUUGGCAUUAUGAUACCUAUCCCACAAUACCCUCUUUAUAGCGCUACAUUAUCACUUUUUGAUGCACAACCAGUACCUUAUUACUUAAAUGAAGAAGAGAAUUGGAGUUUAGAUAUUUCUCAGUUAACCUCAUCCCUUUCCAUUGCACGUGACAAAGGAUUAGACGUUCGUGCACUAGUUAUCAUUAAUCCUGGUAACCCAACUGGACAAUGUUUAACUGAACAAAAUAUGCGUGAAAUAAUUGAUUUCUGUCAUCAGCAACACAUUGUUCUUCUUGCUGAUGAAGUAUACCAAACAAAUAUAUAUCAACCCACUGAACGUCCUUUCCAUUCCUUUAAAAAAGUGCUAAGAUCUAUGGGUAGUAAAUAUGACCAACUUGAAUUGUUUUCUUUCCAUUCUGUUUCAAAAGGUAUGAUAGGUGAAUGUGGACGAAGAGGUGGCUACUAUGAAUGUACUGGUAUCGACAAACAAGUUAUGGAUCAACUUUAUAAGGUUGCAUCUGUUGGCCUUUGCCCGAAUGUUCCAGGACAAAUCAUGGUUGAUUUGAUGGUGCGUUCACCGAAACGUGGUGAUAAAAGCUAUCCAUUAUACCAAAAAGAAAUAAGUAAUAUAUUCGAAAGCUUACGAAGACGAAGUAUCAAAUUAAGUGAAUUGUUCAAUUCUUUGGAAGGAGUUUCAUGUAAAGAUGCUCAGGGGUCCAUGUACUUGUUCCCGAGAAUUAGGCUUCCAGUCAAAGCAAUAGAAGCUGCUAAAGCGGUAGGAAAGCAACCCGAUGAAUUUUAUUGCUUAGAAAUGCUUAAUGCUACAGGUGUAUGUGUUGUACCUGGUAGUGGAUUUGGUCAAGAAGAUGGUACAUGGCAUUUUCGUAGUACAUUCUUACCACCUGAAGAAUUAUUUGAUGGGUUUUGUGAAAGAUUGAAAAAUUUUCAUAAAGAAUUCCUAGCAAAGUAUAAUUGA